AUGUCUGAUGAGAUGGAGUCUCAGGACGGCAUCGAUGUCCGCCCCAUGAGGCUGAAGGUCCUUUACACAUUCGAUAACGAAAACAAGACCAAUUGCCUGGCCCGGUGGCCACAUGUCCUUGACCUCCAAACUGCCUCGUUAGACGAAAUCACUACUGUUGGCGUGAUUGAGUUGAAGACAUGUAUCCAAGCAAUUGUCUCUGCCAGCCCUGAGCUUGUGGGUCAAAUAGGCAAGGAUUACACGGUAUAUGCUUACGACUACUCUGAAUUCGACACUCCUCUUGUUGGCCAAGGCAUGCUAUCAUGGGUUCUUGCCAACUCAUCUUCAGCUGAGGCUUCAGCUUCAAAAACCAUGAUCACAGGCCGGGUUUGCAAGAAUCCACUUGCUGGUCUUUUUUCGAAAGGUGCCCAGGAGACACUCGAAGUCAAACUUCGAUUGGUGCCUGUUCCAACCACCACACACAACGACUUCGAUACACAGUCAUGGACAAAUUUCGUUCGCCAGAAUCCUGCUUUGAUGGAACAGAGAAGCCAAAGUGCCAACGACCGUGUUGGCUCGCCUAUGAACCAAUCUGGAAUCGAAAGGUUCCAUCAGCUUUUGAGUGAAGGAUCAACACCACGAGAGUUUGCUUCUUUCCCGUCCAAUGCGUCAGCCCGCUCUGCCUCGCCUUCUCACUCAUAUGCUGCCAGCGGUGUUUCAACACCGGCCCAUUACCAAUCUUACAACCACAAGCAGAGUAUUCCUCACAGCGAUAUGAUUCGCCCUUCAUCUAGUGCUUCGAUGCGAGACUGCGACAACCAGACACAAUUGUCACACAACAACCUUCGAAGAGGCUCCAUCCAGUCCGGUUAUGGCAGUGGAGACGAGGAAAAUACGGAAGCUCCGCCACGGAAGAGAGCCAAGGUGUACCAAGCUAGUUGGCCAGGAAAAUCGGGUGCAAAUAUCGAAAGACAGCCAAGUUCACUUCGUGUUGCAGCUAGCACAGCAGCUUCUGUUCGAAUUCACCGCCCAACCCCAGUCAACCCUGCUCUCGCCGCCGAGCAUUCCCACGAGGAGCCUGUACGCCCACCCACGCCUAUGUCUCGUCCUUCUGAUUUCCACCGCCGAAGCCGUCCCACCGCCAGCCUCUUGCGGGAGUCAUCAACAAACAGUGUCGCCUCAUGCCCUGAUUCAUACGCUUCCCCAUAUGCCAUGAGCGAUGACAUGCCCACCACAGAUGCUGCCGGUCCCUCACCGGAAGAUUCCCGUUAUCAGGGGCUCUUUGAGCAGUCCUUCAGCAUGCCUUCAUCGCCUCCGGUCUUCGAUGGUCGUUUACACAACCGCUCAAGCCCGGUUCUGCCUACUAUGACGCUAGACACCGACUCAGGCUUCAUGAGCGCCGGUUUGGACGAGCUUCUUGGUGAUGAAACCGCUACCUUGGGUGGUCCCAUAACGCAAGGUUCCAAGGACCAACGGUCUGUUCGCACUGCUGUGCAGGCGAGCUCACCAGUAAGCACUGUCAGUACUGCCCGUGGGACAUUCAAAGAUCCCGUGGCGGUCGAAGAACAUGUCUCAGAGCAGCCUGUAAAGGAAGCAGUUCCUCUAUUGGCUCGCGCCAACUCUGGACCUCCCAAGACCCGGGCCCCAUCUCACCCACAGGCAGCAAUCGGCCGGCGACCCACUUCAAGCUCUGGUGCGCAGCGCAUAGCUCCCAAACCCCUUGCACCAGCACCCCGAUUCUUUAAUCGAAGCUCAGGCCAAGGCUCUGAAAUCACAGCCAGUGAUCCUGUCAUCCCCACUGUCCCCACAGAGUCUGCCCCUCCUGCCCCCGUUGACAUCACAUUCCUGCGAUGCAAGACCGAUAGCUCCAACCCUCAGACACAAGCGAAGCUCCCACCACCAACCAAGCCUAAGGCAAACUCGAAGACAAAGUCCAAUGGCAGAGCGCGCUUGGAAACCGCUCUUGCCAACGGUGAAAUUCCGCCUUAUUGCGAAAACUGUGGCUCAAUUGAAACUCCUAGCUGGCGCCGAGCUUGGGUGAAGGAAGUAUGCGGCGACGAUGUUCUCGCGGAACAGAUGAUGAUUUCCUCCCAGAUGCUCUUUUGGGAGUCCAUGGAGCGAAACGACCAGAACAAGAUGAUCAAGUUCAAGAUUUUCAAAAGGGGCAUGGAACUCGAUGACGAAUCAUGGAGCCAGAUGCUUUUUUGCAAUCCCUGCGGUCUGUGGCUACACAAGUUUAAGAACAUGCGCCCAGAACACAAGUGGACCAAGUCGGGAGGAGUUCAAAACGGCCAGAAGAGCAAGAAGCGGCCUUCUAAGACCCGCGCAGACGGCCCUCUCAAUGCUUGCCCCGCCUCUCGAACUCGCAGCAAGGCCGCCCCAAAGAAGGCAUCUGCGAACACGGUCGCAGCUUCCUCUCCAGCACAUACCGAUCUGUCCUCAGUUCAUCCUGAAGGCGAUACUCCCCACAUGGAUGACGACGACGAAGACGGUGCUACUCCUGAUGAUCGUUCUCGUUUCGCCACCGACGAGCCACGCGACAGUGAGGAGCCACACCCGGCAUCUUUGACCCCUGGACGCCGUCGAUCGAAGUUGGACACCACAAACACCAUGCAUCGUGUGGCAAAGUCGAGCCCCGUGAGACGCCCCGAAGCCCGGGCAAAUGCAGUCAACACUACUCCCAAAUCCGUGAGAAGGUCACUCUUCCAAGACAUUCAGAAAGAUGGUCCCUUGAAGGAACUUGAUGCCUCCAUGGUAAACAGCUGCUCUCCUCGUCGCAGUCCGCGCAUUGCCUUGGCAAAGGAUGACAAACUCACUCAAAAGGAGAACGCCGCUCCGAUCCCUCGUGACGAACUCGACGACCUUUUCGAGAGUGCAUCCAUUGGGUUUGACUCCGCUAGCCCGACCCCUCGUCGCCGCAACCCACGUCUCAACGCAAUCGAGAAACGGGCCAUCCUCGGAAACUCCCCAAGCCUCAAGAAACGCAAAGAUCUGGGUAUCAUGUCCCCAGCGCGUCUGUCGGCGGAGCGCCUGCAGCGCAUUCAAUCGCUCCACGAACAUUCUCCUCGGUCUCAGAAGGCCUCCGCCAAGCCCGACGUGGAGCCUGCCACCCUUGACGACAGCCUUUCCCUUCCAUCUUUUGAAGGGAUGAUGCUCGAUAUCUUCGACGAAAAUGAUCAAACCAACUUCCAGCUUGAAAACGCCAAGUUCGCCGGCGAGAACUGGGCUGACUGGCUUCCCCAGGAUUAUGUCCCUCCUGUUGAAUCUCCUGAUGCAGAUAAUCAACCUGCUGACGAUUUGCUGAAGUCCCUCUUUGCCGAUACCAACGACAAGGACUUCCAGGCUUCUCUUCUUCCCUUCAACUUCAAUGAUGUUGGCGUUCCCGACUCUGGAUUCUUCAGCUCUGACGCUGUCCCUGAUGUGCCCAAGGCCCAGGGUCAAGGAACAGAUGCCACUUCUCCUGUUUAA